GCAACCCGACCGACAGUGGUGCGGCGAUCGUGAACAGAAUCUGCUCAGGCGAGUGCGUCAGUCGCGCUGCGCGCACCGUAGCCUUCGCUCCUCGUAUUGCCACCGCGGCGCCGUGCCCGACGUCUUUUCAGCUUCCAACACACGAACACCCGCCCUUAUCAAAACAUUCCUGCAGUGGGAUCGAUCGCACGUCUUCUCGCGCUCUGAUAACGAACUUAGGUCUAUCGUAACUUUGUGACUCCAGUGUCUGGUUCAGUGCAGUGAAUGACAUGUGAUUUACGUUCACCUGGUCACUUUUUGUUGGAGCAAUUUUAUCCCAUCGAAGUAGUUAAACAUCAUCUUCAAUCGAGCGUCGCAUCGCUAGCGCCUCCGCCGCUGCAGGACCGUCUACUCCAUGUGCACUGGUAUGAGAGCAGACGGCGCGUGCGGUGUGGUGCGAUGGAUGCGUAACCGGUCAUCAUGCGCCUCUUCCGCGGGCCGAAGCGCAGGGAAGUGACCGCGCCGCGAGCCGUAGCAACGCCGUCUCUAGGCAGAGACGCCACCGCCGCUGCCGGCGCAACGCAUGCUCCACAACAAGACUUCACGGUAGUCACUGCUCUCCCAGCCAUGGUCAUGGAAGACGACGUUAGGGAGAUGAAGAAAGUGUUUGCAACGUGGGGUCGUCGGAUGGGGAAAAAAUUAGAUAUGCUAAAAAAACCAGACACAAAAAUGCCAGAAGAAAUACCAUCUAAUGAAAACAUCAAUGAAGGCUCUUCGGUAGUCGUUAUGGGACAAUAUAAGAAAAAACAGCACUGGAAAAUGGGACGCAGUAGUUCUGAUUCUACGUCAUUAAAAAAAGACAAUGACACGGAUUCUAUUAAAAGCAAUUCGAGAGAUAGAUCACCGAGUCCUUUUAAGUCAUUUUUCCAUCGGAUGGGUUCAACGGGAAUGUUAAAUUCAUCAAAGUCUCAAUCUCUAAAUACUCAAAAAACUAACGAAAAUUAUCCAGUAGCAAAUGGCCCCUCUCUUUAUAGAAGCUGUUCCACGUCCCAUUUAUCUACUUAUGUAAAAGCUGACGAUCCCUCAGAUGAUAUUGAUUUGCAAAAUGCUAUGAAUGAGAACAAAAAAUCGCCUACAAAACUUAAUGUAAUUUCAGAUGAAUCGUUAGUAUCGUCAUCAACUAAGGCCGUUAGUUGUGACAAUAUUCCAAAUUUGGAAGGGCAAGUUAACAAUAGCGCAAGUAAAAAACCUAAUUUUCCCUAUGCCUUCUUAAGAUCUAAGUUAUCAGUAUUACCAGAAGAAAACAGUAUGUCAUCACAACAAAGAACUAGUUGUAUGAGACAAAGUUUCUCUGAAAGAAUUGAUAGAAGAUCACCAAAGUUACGAAGAGAACGAUUAUAUCUCAGUAACUCUCGAUCGGAAGAACGGUACCAAAGCAACGAUAGUAUAUCUAUUCAUGAAGAUAAUAUCCUUCGUAAUUCUGCUUUAAGAAAUGACUACGAUUUUUCGAGAAGCUCUAUUAGAAGUAUCAACGAAAUUGAUAGUAGUUUGUAUCUUAUGCGGCGAAUCGAUGAUGUACCACGAAGGUCGUCUAUGAUUUCUCAACGAACUCCUUUUGAUUACGACCCUAUGUUAAUACCUAGAAAUAGAAACAGUUUACCCGUUUAUGAAUAUAGCUCAGUCAUUGGAUCCGUAAGAGAUUUAAAAACGGAACUAACCUCUUCUGCUCAGAGCAUACAUCAUAUCCCUGAAACUACUGAAGUUCUUCAAGCUCAUCGUUUGAGCAACUAUGUUAGUUCAAAUGAAUCAGGAUAUGAUAGCGAUGGCCGUCCAACAGAUGAACAUAGUAAUCAUUCUCCACCGGGUUAUUCGUGUCACCUAUCUUCUAAUUCUAUUAAAACGGAGGCUAUUGAUGCGCACAGUGAAAAUAAUCACAGUACUUUUUCAAGGCAACUAAGUCUGAACCAUAAAAUUAAUGUGAGUCGAGUUCAGAUUCCUGCUCGAAGGAGUUCGACACCAUGUGCCUUAUUUCCCAUAGAAAAAGGAUCGGCGCAUGAAUAUGAAAAUACAAAUAGAGAUACCAAUUAUCCUAACAUUUCAAUAAAUUCACAAGUAUUCGAUCAUAAUGAUAGUAAACCACCGCCACUUCCAAAGAAAACAGUUAAUAAAAAAAGUCCUUACAUUUAUAAAACUAUUACAUUAGAUGAACGUGUGCAAACAAGAAAAAUAAAACUUUUACAUUCACAAAUUCUUAAUGUACAACAUUUAUCAAACCCAGAUAUUAAUAAAGAAUUUUUAACAGAAAAUAAAUCUCAAAUGCAACCAAAUACGGAAAUAGAUAUAUUCGGCCGUGGUCCAUGCACAAAACGAUUUAGAAAAAUAAGAUUAUUAAAAUCAAAUCUGGAUGAAAGUUUAGGUGUAUAUCUAGCACAGCAUAGAGUUGAUUUUGACAACACAGGUUCCAAUUAUGAAAUUCGAUAUAUUGUGGUAAAAUUAGAUUUUGACGGUAUAGCUCAUAGAGAUGGUAGAUUACGAAUUGGCGAUGAAAUAGUAAAUGUUAAUGGAAGAGUAUUGAGGGGUUUGUCUUCUCUAAAAGAAGUUCAACAUAUUGUUAACUCUUGUUCAACUGAAGCUACAGUUGAAGACGGAGAAUUAUUUCAAAGGUAUCAAGUUGAUUUAGUAAUGGCCCAUGAUGAGAUCACUCCUAUCACUUUGAGUCGAAUAAUAACUAAUCAGACUUUUGAACAGAAUCACAUUAUACCUUCAACAACUAGUGUUCCUCCUGAUAUUAUAUCACAAACUGUUCAUAAACCUUCAUCAUCUAAUCAAAUUACGAUCGAAACUCAUUUUCCUAGUGACAAUCAGAACUAUAGCACAAAUAACACAAGUAGUCUACCAAAAGAAAAGGAAACGUAUAACACAAAUCUCAGUAGAACUGAGUCUUUCAAUAAGAAUGAUUUUGGAAUUCAAGUCAAUAAUGAUCUCUUACGGUCGAACCAGAAAAGCGACGACGAAAAGCUAUUGGAGAGACAUUCAUAUACUCAGUCAUCCGCUUCAGCUUCUUUGCAAAAUAUUACAAAUAUCGAAAUAUCAACGCGUCCUUCACCAGGACCUAGAAAUUUACACGCUAAUAAUAAUUACAGACCUAUCUCACUUCAUAACUCCAGACCUCUUCCGAUUGAACAAUUUUCUAACGAUAAUACGACUAACGAAAUCAAAGAAAAUUCUCCUCAUUAUAUUAAACAUGUCCCAAGAUUAUAUCAAAAUCGAUCAUUUGAGAGUAUUCCAGAACAAGUAAGAAACAGCAGUCGAAGCAGAUUUUUCAGCCGUGUUGGUUCGCAAAGGUGCUCCCCCAUUCAUAGUUCGCAUGUAUCUCGACAACAGGAAUACAACGCACAAAACAAUGAAAACCAACAUGGAGGCCACUAUUCACAUAAUUUACUAAAUAAAGCCGAAUUUUGGAAAGGGCCUGGCCAUAAAAGUCUUGGGUUCAGUAUUGUCGGAGGAACAGAUUCACCUAAAGGAAAAAUGGGAAUAUUUGUUAAGACCGUCUUUCCAAAUGGUCAAGCAGCAGACAAGGGUACUAUUUUUGAAGGUGACGAAAUCUUGUCAGUGAACAAUGUGCCAACACGUGGACUGAGCCAUGCGGGGGCCAUAUCGCUUUUCAAACAAGUUAAAGAAGGAAAAAUAGAAUUGACGCUUUCAAGAAGAAGAGCACCUAGGUCAAGAUCUGUGGAACCUCUUGGUAAUUUCCGAGGUGACAGCAAAAGGGAAUAAAUUGACCCUGACCUCCAAAGAGACAUGUUAUGUAUAUUUGAGUGCAAUAACUUCUUUGUAAUUAUAAUCAUUUAGCCAAAGGCAACAUUGUAGUGGUAAUUUGCCACUUAUUAAGGUUUAGGCCUACAAUAAAAUUAAUUGUGACGAACGUUGUACUUACGAACAACGAUUAGAUAUUGACGCAUACGUUGUUAAAAUAUUAUUAAUUAUGCCUAUGUAUUAGAAUUAGAUUAAAUAGAUACAACUUUUUAUAAUAAUGAAUAGGUUAACCAAUGUCAAGUAUGUCAGUCGGCAAAUAUUAUAUCAUACAUUAUAAGUGCUAAUUAGUGUUGUCAAUCACGUUAUCAUAAUUUUUGUACAUUAUUACUAUACUAAGACUGUAUUAUGUAUUAUAAUUACUUAGUUAUUAAUUGUUAUAAUCUGUUACACCAUGUUAUUGUUACGAUAUUUCAUUAGGAAAGCUAGAUCUCGUUAUAUGCUAUACUUGUCUGUAUUUACAACUAAAUGGAACGCAAAGAAAUCAAUUUGUUGCAAUUAAUUACAUAAAGAUACAAUUUUAGAAUAAGUACUCUAUACUUAAUCUAAAAUUCUAAGUCUGUUUAGGUGCAACAUAUUUUAUUUCAUCGACCCACUUCAGAUAAAUCCGCGUGACAAUAACAGACCUAUUAAUAGACUGAUAAUUUCUACUUCAAUUAGUUCAAGUACCUAUUCACUGCCAAAGUUUUAGACAUAAUGCAGAAAACAUAAAAUCUUGUUGUUGUAGGAGUUAAUAUUAUUUAAAUGAACUAUACAGUACUUACAAUUCGCUUUAUACCAUCUAAAACAAACCAAUAUUCUAUUAUGACAUGAUUGGUAUUAUUAUGACUCUUUCUUUUAAAUAAUAAAUCCGAAUCUUAACAUUACUCUUAUACAGUAAUCAUUUAAAAUAAAAUACCUAAUAAAUGCUUCCAUACAAUGUGAUUGUGAACAAUACAAUAUCAGCGAAUGCGCUCCGUCCAUUGAAGUUGUUACAGUCAAUUUUCUUAUUAGUGAUUGUUUUGUGAUUAUUUGCAACGUAGCAAGUGUUAAAAAUCGUGAUCGAAAACAUGGCUGUUUAAGAAUUGAAACCAUCCAUACCCAAUGCAGUAUUUUAAAUGUAGCAUUAUAUUCGAAAACUUUGUAAAUAAAUUAAUAUACGUAAAUACAUCUGAAUACCUCUCAGUGCUUUGGUAUGUCUUCACAAAUAAUAAACAUAUUUAAAAUUAAAA